CUUUGCUGGCGAAUGUUCUUGCAGAUGUUGCAUCUUCUACGUUUGGCUUAUGGACACGUGAAGUCGUAGUUUUUGUAGUUCUAAUUCAAACAUUUUUUGCUAAUAUUUGUUCUCUCGCCUUUCAACCAGGCCAAUCCAAUAAAGAAGAAGACAGUGACAACCUAAAGCCUUCUCAAGAUGGAAAAAGGAAAUGUAGGAUUUGAUACAGCACCACCUUACCCCGGCCCACCUAUGAGCUAUGGUGCAGCGCCCCAGCCUGGGUUGUACCCUUCCCCUAAUGCGGGACCCCCGAAUGUCGCUUACCUCGGAGCUCCGACUUCCACAGUGACUCACGUGGUGGUAGUGCCAUCGCUGCAGGAAACUCCAGGACAAGCGCAGUGUCCCCACUGCCAGCAGACGGUGGUCACCCAGAUAGAACGCAAAGCAGGCCUGAUGACCUGGGGCAUCUGUGGAGGCCUCGCCCUCUUCGGGUGUUUUCUCUGCUGCUGUAUACCAUUCUGUGUGGACUCCUGCCAGGAUGUGGAGCACCACUGUCCAAACUGCCAUAACACCAUCCAUGUUUACAAGCGAUGCUGAUCGCACAGUUUUAAGCAGUGACUUUUUCACCAUGUUCAAAUGUUAACAGUGCUGAGACAUUCUGUGAAGUGUGGCUGUGGCAAUGGCAGAUCGUAUAAAUACGCAUUAUAAAUCAGCCAGUGGUAGUCGUGAUUUAGUGCUAAAACGCAAACCAAUUGGCAUGUUUUUGUUUGAAUCGUCCUUUAGGAUUCAAAGAACGUUAAAUGCAAAAACAACACAUAUGCUAAGCUUGCUUGCAAAUAUUUUUCCACAUGUAUUCAACUGUGUGUUGCAGAAUUACAAUUAAAAAAAAAAAGAACUUGUCAAGUUUA